CUCUGGACUGUUACACGGCAGCAGCAGCAGCAGCAGCAGCACUGUGGAGUCUGAGCCACGCAUGGCUUUUACGCGCAGACCUGCGUCCACGCACUGUCCACCAACUGCCCUGUGAGACGCACUUUAAUGCAAGUUUGAAGUUGUGACUUCUCUCAUGCUCCAUAUUUGACCCCGAUCCGUGGAAAUGCUCCGUCCAGAUCCAUAAAGGACCAACGACUGGUUAAUAUGAACUUAAUGCCAAGUGGAAUAUGUUUUUAUUUGUCUGUAGCAAUCUGCUGGCUGAUGGCCGAGGAGGUCGAUGCGUCCUGGUGGUACAUGGGCACACUGGGCUCUCAGGUGAUGUGCGACAACAUCCCUGGUCUUGUGAACAAGCAGCGCCAACUGUGCCGCCAACACCCCAGAGUGAUGCAGGCCAUCGGGGCCGGGAUGAAGGACUGGAUCUCAGAGUGCCAGCAUCAGUUCCGCAGCCACCGCUGGAACUGCAACACCACCACCAGGGACCACAACCUGUUCGGACGCCUGCUGCUACGCAGCAGCCGAGAGGUAGCCUUCGUGUACGCCAUCUCCUCGGCCGGUGUGGUUUACACGUUAGCGCGAGCCUGCAGCCAAGGGGAGCUGGACUCCUGCUCCUGCGAUCCCACUAAGAAGGGCUCGUCGCGGGACGCCAAGGGCACCUUCGACUGGGGCGGCUGCAGCGACCACGUGGAGCACGCCAUGCGCUUCAGCCAGGCCUUUGUCGACGCCAAGGAGAGGAAGGAGAGGGACGCGCGGGCUCUCAUGAACCUGCACAACAAUCGAGCCGGCAGGAAGGCAGUGAAGCGCUUCAUGACGCUGGAGUGUAAAUGUCACGGUGUCAGCGGGUCGUGCAGCCUCCGCACCUGUUGGUUGGCGAUGGCCGAUUUCCGACGCACCGGCGACCACCUGCGGAAGCGCUACAACGGCGCAGUGCAGGUCGUCGUCAACCAGUACGGCACUGGGUUCACCGCCGCGCACGCACACUUCAAACGGCCCAGCAAGAACGACCUGGUGUACUUUGAGAACUCGCCGGAUUAUUGCAUACGGGACCACGAGUCAGGGUCGAUGGGGACAGGGGGCCGCGUCUGUAACAGGACAUCCCGCGGCGUGGACGGCUGCGAGGUCAUGUGCUGCGGCCGAGGCUACGACACGUCGCGGCUCAGCCGCACCUCCAAGUGCGAGUGCAAGUUCCACUGGUGCUGCGCGGUGCACUGUCGCGACUGCCACCAGCAGGUGGACGUGCACACGUGUAAAGGCCAGACGUGACGUCACUGGACUCAACCGAGCAGUCACUCACUCACACACACACAAAGGAUAGUGCAUAGACUCCACCCACCCCCCCCACAUCACCUGAUCACCUGUCAAUCAAACAGUAGCUCGUCUUCCUGCUUCUCAUCUUGUCUCGUGGUCUUUUAUCUGAUGAUCCAGUUCCUCCAUCUGUAAGAUAUUAAUCGCAUGUUUGUUCACAUUUAACCUGACACAUUAAAACCAGAUUUAGUGGUUUAAAGAUUUAAAUCCGAUUCGGAUCAGUUUUCUACAGCAACACAUGACGACAAUGUCACCAGUGAUGGUACACAGUGGAGUUUAGAGUCUUCUAAAUACAAUCAAAGGCCACUUUAUUAGGUACACCUUCAAUUGCUUAUUCAUGCAAAUAUCUCAUCAGCCAAUCAGACUGACUGGUUGGAAAUGAUGGAAGAGCAUCUCAGAACACACAGAUGAGCUGCAGCAGCAGAUCACAGCGGGAACACUGAGGUGUCCUAUGUACCUAAUAAAGUGGCUGCUGCUGAGUUAUUCUUGUAAAAUUGAGGAGUUCUACACUGUGACCAGACGGAGUGAGUUGAUGCUCCUCCUAUUUUUCCUGCAAAAGAACCCAAAAACAAACAAAAAACACUGCAAAUGUGGUCACACCUACGCCGUUACCAGAGCAACCCAUGCAGAUAAGGUCGGUCAUGUUGGCCUCACAGAUCUGGUGUCAUCACUUUAGUCUGCCUGACAAGAUCUGCUGGUGGACACAGAUAACCUGUGACAGUGACGCUGCAGUCAAGAGUUUUCACACCAGGAAACAGAAGCAGCAUAAUCUGAUCUGCGCUGGGUCAAACCGAGCAGUCUGUAAGUAAACAGAGGAGAAAGAGGCCCCGAGCACUGACACACUGAAAUGACAUCUGACAUUAUAUAAUCUGUUAUAAUGGUGUCACUCUGUGCUGCCUUUGACACCAGGUUAAUGUAAAGCAGACGGAAAGCCACCAUUGUUUGUUUAGCAGCAGCAGCAACAGCAGGGUUGCCAGGUCUGAGUGUCAAAACCAGCCUGCAAAAAAUAGAGCAAAUGUAAAAAGCAACUCCUUGUUAAUAAAACUAUCAGCCAAUCACGUGGCAGCAACUUAAUACAUUAAAGCAUGUACAAUGAGCAGACUGGUCUGAAAUAACAGAAAGACAACAGAACCUCAGAAUUGCAGGACAUGUCAAACCUUGAAGCAAACCGACUACAGCAGCAGCACACCA